AUGAAUAACUCUAGAAAAAAUUGUUUUAUCAAUAUAUUUUUUUUAGUUUUUUACCAAAUUAAGUCAAUAGACUAGAUCUAUCAUUUAAUUAAAUUUGAUUCCUUGUUUCAUAUCUUCUUUAAUUAAAAUGAAACAAAAAGAUAAAUAAAAAUUUUAUAAUUAAUAUUACUAUUUAACAUAUUUGUUAUCAGUCUUAUUAUAUAAUUCUUAUAAAAUCUAUUAUUUUAGUUUAUAAGAUUCCUUUAAGUCGCUAAUCAAAACAUUUUCAGAGACUUCUAAUUCACAAUAAAGUGGAUAAAUAUUUUUUAAAUCUGUAGUUUUUUAAAAUAAAUGUUGUAAUAUAUUGUAGCAAAUACCUUAAUUUAUUAUUUUUUAAAGUUUUACAAUAAGGCUACUUGA